UCAAAACAUUACUUGGGCGUUUUGCCAGCUCAUGACAUGCCUCGAGUACUACUGGCGGCACUAUUCUUGCUGACGCUGGCCCCGGCAUGCUGGUGCGCUCCAAGGAAACUGAAGAAGAAAAGUCUUGGGCAAGCAGUUGCGCUGUCUGCGCAGGAUUGGCAAUCCUGGGCCCAGUUUGUGCUCAAUGAGCAUGGACCACGGAUGUAUGUGCUCAUCAUGCUGACAGGGAUGUUUGCCUUGCGUGCUGGAGAAGCUGCAAUGCUCAACCGCGAGGAUUUGAAGCUGUACAUGUCUCCGCCUAGGCUUUGUGUCCCGAAGGAGAAGGGGCGCGGGAAGUCCGCAGGUCACAUCCCAAUCAUGCCAGAGCAAGUUCAACUUUUGCAGACGUGGAUUUCGCAGGGAGUGACGUCCUCACGAAUGGUGGCUCUCAACCAAAACGGCAAGCGGAUGAUUACUGAGAAAUACGAAUUGCCAGCGAAAGGAAGGCUGUUUGCAGGCAGAAAGAUGUACAACAACAAAAAGGUGAAGCAAGAUCAUCUUUCUCACCAUGGCGUGUGGUCAGCAGUCAGAAGGCUUGCUAAGAAGUUUUGCACUGCGCAUCCGUCCGCGGCGUCAAAGUGGGAGCAGCUAAGGACACACUCCGGCCGCGCCACAAAGAUAACUAUGAUGAUGGGAGAAGGCGUCUCGCUGGCCAUGAGCAUGGAAUACGCAAGACACGCGAAGUCUAGCAUCAAAACGCAUUUGGGCUAUGGACGUCUCACCCCCAACCAUGUCCACAGUUACCUCAUGCAAGAAAGAAGCCGGCAGAUUGGGCUGCUGGCAACCAUGGUGCAAACCCCGCCAUCAUCACCGUCAACAAAGACAGUCAAGAAAAGGUGCAGGGGCAAGCAGGCGCUACUACCAAGCCGGGCCACAGACGAGUGCCAAGCCGUGAAGAAAGCGACGCCCUACAGUGCGUUGCAGGACUGCACUUUGAAGGAUGUGAUGCAGUGGCAGGCGGAUGGCAAGCUAACCGACGAAGAGUUUGGCAAAAUCAAGGAUAGCCUGUUGAAGACCCUGUGA